AUGCGCUUCAUCUUGCAUCCAGGAGGCAUCGCUGCAUGCGUUUUCGUGUGGGUAUGUUGGUUGGUGGUGAAGAUCGCCACAAAUAUUCUCUUCUUCAAUGUCGCCUUCGCAGAUGUAUCCACUGCGGAAGGUUCACGAGCUAUGCGGGGGCCCCCGGGAGCGGGGAAACCGCCGCUCAUCUUUAUCGGAAACAUUUUCAAGGUAGUUUUCGAGUGCGUUACCUGGCUGGGGCUUUUUUCUCACCUGGCAACACUCUUAACGGAUCCCGGCUCGACAAAAAGGGCUCCGUCCACCCCUCCAAAGGACUUCAAGGGAGAAACAAAUUUCUGCUCUAAGUGUAAAAACCGGUGGAAACCGCCUCGCGCUCAUCAUUGCAAAGUCUGCAAGGAGUGCAUAAUGAAGAUGGAUCAUCACUGUCCCUGGGUCAACAACUGCAUCGGCACCAUGAACCAGAAGUACUUCUUCCUCUUCCUUUCGUAUAUGGCUUUUCAUCAAGCAGUGGACGUCAUCUUAUCCUGGAUGGCUGGCUCCUGUACUGUUUGGGGCAUGCCUGAUCCUGAACUUAGAGAUGAGACUCGGCGAAAGCAUUCUCAUGGAGGCUUUCCUGAUGCGACACAUGAGCUGCAGGAAUUCCUCCACGAUCAAUCCAAUCCGCCCAACGAUAAAACUAAAUCAGAGUAG